UUAUUUUUAAAUUGAAUCUUCCGACAACACCUGAACGCAGCACAGGCUGUGACCCGGAUGGGGUUCCGUUCAACUUUAUAUCCCAUAAUUCCUUUCUCCGCCUUCCUCUUUCUAACCCGCAGCGAUGUCAAAGAGAGGACGUGGUGGAUCAUCUGGAGCAAAGUUCCGCAUCUCAUUGGGUCUCCCAGUGGGAGCGGUCAUCAACUGCGCUGACAACACAGGUGCCAAGAACCUGUACAUCAUCUCUGUGAAGGGCAUCAAGGGACGUCUGAACCGUCUGCCUGCUGCAGGAGUGGGUGAUAUGGUCAUGGCCACAGUGAAGAAAGGCAAACCAGAGCUCAGGAAGAAGGUGCAUCCUGCGGUUGUAAUACGACAGCGAAAGUCAUAUCGACGAAAAGACGGCGUUUUUCUCUACUUUGAAGAUAAUGCAGGUGUCAUAGUAAACAAUAAAGGAGAAAUGAAAGGUUCAGCCAUCACGGGUCCAGUGGCCAAAGAGUGCGCUGACCUCUGGCCCAGGAUUGCAUCCAACGCCGGCAGCAUAGCCUGAGCUGGGCCAUGUCCCAACGUUCAUUUUCAAUAAACUGUUGUAAA